AUGUUGGCAGCGAGGAGCUCCACCGACGGAGGGCAAGUAUUGGGGGACCUGUUGCGGGCGGCCUACUUUGGCGACAAUGCGGAGGAGGCCGUGGUGGUGGCGGAGGUAGGCAGCGGGGGCGGCACCAAUAACCUCACCCGCCUCGUCUCCGUUGGUGCCCGCCGCUACGUCGCGCGGGUCUAUGGCGGGCACACGUCGAAGGAGGUCAUGCUGUUCGAGCACGAGGUUCUGGGCCUGCUGCAGCGCGCAGUGGCAACCUCGCCCCGUCAUGAAGAUGAUGAUGGUGAUACGUCGGGCAGCAGCGGCAGCGCGUGCAAGGAGCAGCAGCGUCGGCAGCUCUCCUUCCGGGUGCCAUGUCUUGUGCCCACGCGGGGCGGCUCCGACGUCGGUUGCACGCACAUCGACGUCGACGUGCUGCGAGCGGGAGGAUGCGGUGGUAGUAGGGUACCCCGCUACGCCGCCUUGUUCGAGUUCAUCGAGGGCGCCCACCCUUCCUUUGCCGACCUGUUACAGAUGAGGGACGUGGGACGGAGCAUCGGAGAGUUGGUCACCCUGCUGCAGGACCUGCGGCCGCAGCGGCCGCCGAUCUUCCCGCGCUACGACGACCUCUACCACUGCCACCUCUCGCUCCAGGGAGACAGGGAAAAGGUGGUGCGCUUCAUCAGGCAGCUGCCGCAGCGAGAGGAGGCCGCGCAGGUCAUGACGCUCCUGGAACAUCUCGAGGCCGAUCUUCCGGCGUACGCAGCACUCCCACAGCAGCUGGUGCACGGGGACAUCACGCUCGGCAACGUCCUCUGCGUUGGGAGCAAGGUGACGGCCAUCUUGGAUUUCGAGUUCGUGACGAGGGACGCGCGUAUGAUCGACAUGGCGGUCAUGCUGGCCCGCCUCAUCGGCCUGUCCGCUGACGUACGGAGGGCGGCCGCAGCCGAGGAGGACGACCAGCACUGGGAACGGAUCGAGGCGUUUGUGGGCGGCUACGGAUCGGUGGCCCACCUGACCCCAGAGGAGAUCGCGCUCCUGCCCCUGUGCCUGCGGCUGCGCCGCAUGAUCACCUUCCUCCACCGCAUGGCCCAACACUGGGACGGCCAGGCCUCUCUCGAUGACGGUAGCACUGUGUGGGCGUAUGCGGCUGUGCCUGGACAUGGAGCGGUGGAUCGUCCACCACGCCCACCGCCUCUCCCAUCUCUACGACGGCAGAUGGAGGUCAGGGCAGUGGUGGAAACGGAAGGGGACGCGGCGGCGGCGGCGGCGGCGGCGGCAGUGGUGGUCGUGGUGGACCUGCGGGAGAGGCGGUUCUACGACCGCAAGUUGAUGGCGCGCUUCUACGACGAGCUCAUGUUACCCGCCUUCGGCCAGUUCGAGGAUGAGCUCGAGUCCUUCGACUCCUGGGUGGAGCAGCUCGAGGACCCCCGCCACGACGACGUCGGCCCCAACGUCGCCCUCCACGUCCUCCUGGUGCUGCGCCUCCCCGCCGACACCGCCCUGGUGGUCCACCACGACCGCCAGCAGCAGCAGCAACAGCAGCACGGCCCUCCUUCAACUCCGGCGGCAGCCUGGCGCGAGGUUGCUUCUGCCGCGGUGGAGGGUCCGUGGUGGGGAGACGACGUAGGGGCGGUGGAGAUCGUGGGCGGCACCGCGUGCGAGUACUUCCCGGCCAGCAACUGCGGCCUCCUCACGUACACGGCGACGCAUCCGGGCUGGCAGCGGCAGGGAAUCGCAGCCCUAAUGACCCGGCACGUGCUCACGGCCCUCCGUGGCGAUGCUCUCGCCGCGGGCAAGAAGAGCGGCUGCGAGGCGGUGUUCCUGGAAACGAACAAUCCAGACCACGUGUCGAGCGAGGCCGAUGUCAUGGACCCGCUCCUUCGCCACCGGGUCCUGCAGCGACUGGGUUGGUGGAUACUGGACUUUGCGUACGUGCAGCCGGCCCUUUCCGAGCAGCAACAGAACUGCCGCACCCUUAAGAUGGCCGUCCAUUCGUCCUUCUUGCGCACCGCCGACGUCGAUGACCACCAGCACCACCACCACCAGCACCACCACCAGCACCACCAGCACCACCAGCACCACCACGACAACGGCGAUGACGGCAGCGAGCAGGCGGCGAGCAAGAGGAAGGGGCGUGUGGAGAGCCGGGUGGUGUUGGGGUUCCUGCGGGAGUUCUUCGCGUGCCUCAAGGGGGAGGCUGCCCUCACCAGCGACCCGGACUUCCUGGCCAUGCACGCCAACCUCUCCGCACGUCCCUUCGUGCCCACCACGCUCCCCUUACCCGCACCACCACACCGAUGCUGA